AUGCUCUUUGAGAAGAUUUUGGCUGCGGCCGCUCUGGCCUCAGCUGCUUUCGCUGCUCCAGCGGACAAGCGUCAGACGCGCAAACUCAAGUUCUUCGGUAUCAAUGAGUCGGGCGCUGAGUUCGGCGAGAAGAAUUUCACGGGUGUCUACGGCAAGGAGUAUAUCUGGUACGACCUCAACACUAUCGACACAUUCAUGCAGCAAGGCAUGAACAUGUUCCGUCUGAACUUCCUCAUGGAGCGCCUCACCCCCGGCAGCCUGACCGCACCCUUGGACCCACUCUACCUCGGCAACCUCACGCAGCAAAUCACUUACAUAACCGGUAAAGGCGCCUACGCCAUGAUCCAGCCGCACAACUACGGCCGCUUCCUCGGCGAGAUCAUCACCGACACGGCGGGCUUUAAAACCUGGUGGCAGAACGUUGCUGAGCAGUACAAGGACAACGAGCUCGUUGUCUUCGACACCAACAACGAGUACCACGAUAUGGACCAGCAGCUCGUCUUCGACCUCAACCAAGCCGCUAUUGAUGGCGUGCGCGCUGCCGGUGCUACAUCGCAGUACAUCACUCCCGAGGGGAACAGCUGGUCCGGCGCGUGGACGUGGGUGUCGUCCGGCAACGCCGCAUCGCUCAUCAACCUCAAGGAUCCGCAGGACAAACUCAUCUACCAAAUGCACCAGUAUCUCGACACGGACGGGUCUGGCACGCACGCCGAAUGCGUGAGCGCUACCAUCUUCAGCGAACGUCUCAAGGCCGCGACCCAAUGGCUCAAGGACAACAAGAAGCAGGGAUUGAUCGGAGAGUUUGCGGCGGGCAACAACACGCAGUGUAUUAACGCGCUUAAGGAUGGCUUGAGCUACAUGGGUCAGAACUCUGAUGUUUGGACUGGCGCGUUGUGGUGGGCUGCGGGUCCCUGGUGGGGCGACUAUAUGUACAGCAUGGAGCCGCCGAGCGGUACGGCGUACACCGUCGUGCUGCCGGAGAUUAAGAGCUACUUUGUUUAA